GGAGUUCAAAGAUGCCCUGACCUCACUCUUCACCCUAGGAGGAGAACAAGGCAAUAUGGAGAAAUGGAAGAAUGCCGACGGCCAGCACCACUCAGUCGAUCUGUGGCCAGUGCUGGUAAGGGUGUCAGACAAGGCGGCACUGAAGGAGGACCUGGAGUGGGUACCAUGGCAGGUGGUAGAAUCAAGUCCGUACGGACUGCUGGGACAUGGAAUGGCCCUGGAGAGGGCAGCCUGGCAGCGGCUCUGGUGACCAGGAUGGCAGGAGGAGUCUUCGGCCUUGAUGGAGCAGCAUGGGAGGAGGCGGCCCCCAUACACAACCUUAUAGCGGAACAGCAUCUGAUAGACCCUUACAAAACCAUGCAACCAACAUCCAAGGCCUUCAGCUACCUCGAGCGCAACCGCAGUCAGCAUAUCUCAGCCUCACGCAUUGACUUCUUCCUGAUAUCGGAGAAUCUUCAGGGCGCGGUCCAAGCAACGGGCACCAGCGACCUGCCGUACUCACCAGGGCUGGACCACAAGUUCACCUACCUGCACCUCAUCCUCGAAGCAGCGGCGAAAAGAGGACCGGAUUUCUUCAAAGUCAACAACUCCCUCCUCGAUACACAGAUCAUGAAGGAACACAUUAUCGAGACGUGUGAAGCCCACGGCACCUUCCCACAUCUGGUGUGGGGUCUGUCCAUCGCCACGGCCAAGGCAUCACGCAUUCUAGCCACCAGAAGGGCAGUGGAGUACAUGUCCUUCCUCAACAAAGCAGAGAGAGAGGAAGGGCUGGGAAAAUAUGUAAGCACGGGAGUUGUCACUUUACUGUACAAAAAAGGCGAUCCAGCUAACAUCAAGAACUACAGGCCAAUUACGCUGCUGACCGUCGUAUACAAACUUUUGGCCAACCGCCUCAGCAGGAUCACGAGCCGCUGCUUUCACAUCGAUCAAACCGGAUUCAUUCCAGGAAGGUUCAUUAUCGACAACGUCAUGACACUGGUAGACUCGGCACGCUACAUCAAAGACAAGCAACUCAAUGUGGCUAUCCUGUUCUUUGACUUCGAAAAGGCCUAUGACCAAGUCAACUGGAACUUCCAGCAGCAAUGUAUGGAGCGGAUCGGGGUGGGACCCAACUUCCGAAGAUGGGUCAGAGUACUGUACAGCGACGCUCACAGCCAAGUGCAAGUGAAUGGGUUCUUCUCCACCCCCUUCAAAAUGACACGCUCAGUUCGUCAAGGCGACCCUCUGGCGGCACCGCCGUUCCUCUUCACUUUGGAAGCUAUAGCCUCCUUCCUACGCAAGGACCCGACCAUUGAUAGACUGGUAGCAGAGCCGUCUCCCCCCACACAUGCUGUGACCUUACCGACCACGCUGCUCUUUGUGGACGACCUCACAGCCGUUGUUAAAGCAUCUGAAGCAUCACUCCAGGGUCUUACUCGAGCCAUGCAAGUGUUCCAUCUUGCUUCCGAAAUGAAAGUCAACUGGCAUAAGAGGAUGGGCUGGUGGGUGGCAGACUGUAUGCCGCCCCCACAAGCCACCUCCCCCGAGGGAUUCGAGUGGCAAGACCCGAGGACGCCCCUGCGAUUCCUGGGAAUCAAGCUCUCUGAAACAGGACCCAAUCAAGCCAUGGUGCCAGAGAUUCUGACCAGGAUGCUAUGCAAAAUGGAUACCUGGUCGAGCACUUACAUGUCGGUCUUUGGAAGGGCACUGGUGCUCAAUGCGUCCGUCUUCUCCAUGCUGUAGUACGCUUCUACGAUUUGGACACCGGAGGCCAACAUGA